AGAGCAUCAAAAAAGAAAAGAAAGAAAGUAUGGGUGGUUUAGUCAGAGUCCAGUCCCCACAGUAAUUGUUGUGGCUCUAUGCCUGUCGUUCCAUUUCUGCCAUCUCUACAUAAUCCUAGGUAGGCUCAUUUUUCUCUUGAAGGACCCACCUGUCUAUGAGUAUUCAUUUUUGAUUUGAUUAAGGAGAAAAAUGAGUGGUGGUGGUGGUGAAGGAGAAGGGUCCACAUUGGAAUUUACACCAACUUGGGUGGUUGCCGCCGUCUGCACUGUCAUUGUUGCCAUUUCUCUAGCCGCUGAGCGUCUCAUCCAUUACACUGGAAAGUAUCUGAAGAAGAAGAAUCAGAAGCCUUUAUAUGAAGCGCUACAGAAAGUUAAAGAAGAGUUGAUGCUUUUGGGGUUUAUAUCCCUAUUAUUAACGGUGCUUCAAGGUAGCAUAGUCAAGAUUUGUGUCCCUGAAGAUGUGGUGAUGCACUUACUUCCAUGUUCAUUAUCGGAGGCCCAUUCGUCUUCUUCUAAUGAAACUGCUCAUGCUAGUCUUGAAUCAGCACAUCAUCGACGCCUUUUAGCCGAAGAAGUAGCUGCUGGUGACUAUUGCAACGCAAAACAUAAGGUCCCAUUACUCUCUCUUGAAGCGUUGCAUCACCUUCACAUUUUUAUCUUUGUCCUUGCGAUUGUUCAUGUGACUUUCUCUCUUCUAACGGUUGUAUUUGGAGGAGCCAAGAUACGUCAAUGGAAGCACUGGGAGGACAGCAUUGCAAAAGCUAAUUAUGAGACCACACAGGUUUUAAAACCACCGGUCACACAUGUCCAUCAACACGAUUUCAUCAGGAGCCGAUUUGUGGGUAUGGGAAAACGCUCAGCCAUUUUUGGUUGGUUGCAUUCUUUCUUUAAGCAAUUUUAUGGUUCUGUCAGCAAGUCGGAUUAUGCUGCCCUGCGUUUGGGGUUCAUUAUGACACAUUGCAAGCAAAAUCCAAAAUUUAAUUUUCACAAGUACAUGAUUCGUGCUCUGGAAGAUGAUUUUAAGACCGUCGUGGGCAUCAGUUGGUAUCUCUGGGUAUUUGUUGUCAUCUUCUUGUUUCUGAAUGUUAACGGUUGGCAUACAUAUUUCUGGAUUGCGUUCAUUCCUUUUAUUCUUCUGCUUGCCGUUGGCACGAAGUUGGAGCAUGUAAUUAUACAGUUAGCUCAUGAGGUUGCAGAGAAACAUGUCGCCAUAGAAGGUGAAUUGGUGGUUCGACCUUCUGAUGAUCACUUCUGGUUCAAACGCCCUCAAGUUGUCCUCUUCUUGAUACACUUCAUCCUCUUCCAAAAUGCGUUCGAGAUAGCAUUCUUUUUCUGGAUAUUGGUGCAAUAUGGCUUUGAUUCCUGCAUAAUGGGACAAGUUGGUUUCAUUGUUCCUCGGCUUGUUAUAGGGUUAAUCAUUCAAGUGUUAUGCAGCUAUAGCACGUUGCCACUUUAUGCUCUUGUUACACAGAUGGGUACCCACUUCAAGAAGUCAAUAUUUGAUGAGCAUAUUCAAGCUGGUCUUCUUGGUUGGGCUUCGAAAGCAAAAAUGAAGAGGGAACUGAAGACUGCUACAGAUGGCUCCAACCAAGCAAGUUCAAUUGAGGGUUCAACUGUAAGAUUACAGAUGUCAGGAAUCGGGCGAAAGGAACCCCCGGCUAAUGAAUCUUAAGCUGAAAUUUCAGAUCUGUUCAUUAUAUUAGGAGAACUGAAUCAUACAACCCUUGCCCGUGGAUGAAUAUUUUUCUUUUUGGUAGUAACUUUAUCUCGAAUCACAUGGUUUGUUAUAGGGGGUUGUGAUUGGAUAUCCAAGCUGAAAGUUCAAGCUUCUAAA